AAAUAUUAGCUUCUUAGAUCAUUAGAUUUGUGUGCAUUAAGGCAGUAUAACCGAAAAUAGAGUCUAUAAUCGAUCCGCCACUGGUUAUCAUUGCCUCUAAAAAUACCGUUCAGUCUUUUCAAGACCCUUAUAAAAACACAUAUGAGAUCCCCCUUUUUUUAUUUCCCUUGUUGUUUCUUUUUUCUUACUUAUCAUUAACUAAUUUGUUUCUUGAGACAUGACUUACAACGCAUUUUAUGGUACCAUUGUGCAUUCAAUCUCGCUGAAUCAACUUGACAUUGUGUGCAAUGGCCUGCUCGUAGUGGACAAUGACACGGGCAGCAUUGUUACCAUGGAGCGUGAAGUGGAAGACGUUGUCAAGGUUCUAGAAAGGCUCGAUCGGCCGUACAAGCUGCAUCGACUGACGCCACAGCAAUUCCUGUUUCCCGGCUUCGUAGAUACACACGCUCAUGCACCACAAUACGUGUUUGCAGGCUCGGGCAUGGAUCUGCAGCUCCUCGAAUGGCUCAACACAUACGUGUUCCCUGCGGAAUCCUCGUUCAAGUCGCCAGCGGUUGCCAAAGACGCAUACAACAAGGUCGUGUCGCGAUUCCUACGCAAUGGCACUACGACUUGCAGCUGGUUUGCAACAAUUCACCUGGAUGCCUGUAAAUUACUUGUGGACACUAUCGAACAAUUGGGCCAGCGUGCCUAUGUCGGCAAAGUUAACAUGGAUCAAAACAGCCCUGACUACUACAUUGAACCCACAGAAGCCAGUUUGAACGAUACCAGAGAAUUCAUCGAGUACACACAAUCGAAAAAGACCAUCAUCACACCCGUCGUAACACCACGGUUCGCCAUCACCUGUUCAUCCGCAUUAAUGCAUGGCCUAGGCAAGUUGGCUCAAGAACACGACGUGCCGAUUCAGACACACCUCUGUGAAAACCCCAACGAAAUCGACUUUACGUGCUCCUUGUUCCCUGAAUCAAAAGACUACACCAGUAUUUAUGCAGAUCACGGUCUGCUUGGCGAAAAGAGCUACAUGGCCCACUGUGUAUACAUGACGGAUGACGAGAUUGAUAUGCUUGCCAAACACAACACGGGUGUAUCACAUUGCGCCAAUUCCAACUUUUCUUUGCACAGUGGCGUGUGUGAUGUGCGCCGCUUCUUGAACAAGGGCAUCAAGGUCGGUCUGGGUACGGAUGUCGCCGGUGGAUUUGCACCAUCGAUGCUCGAUGCAGUUCGGUCGUCGUUCUUUGCUUCCAAGUGCACACUUAUGGCCCAUCGCGAUCGCAAGCAGGAUUAUGAGCAUUUGGGAACGGCUGAGCUCGUGUAUUUGGCAACGUUGGGCGGUGCUCGGGUACUCGGUCUUCAUGAUACCACUGGCAAUUUCGUAGUUGGCAAGGCCUUUGAUGCAUUGGUCGUGGAUCUGGAUAGCCAAGGCCCUGUGGAUCUAAUGGGUAACGAGACGCCUCUGCAGAUGGUCGAGAAGUUUUUGUUUAAUGGGAGCGAUCAGUCACUCGCCCAUGUCUUUGUGCAAGGUCGCCGAGUUGCCGGAUCGAUGUCUUCACCGUAGAAAUUACAAAGAUAGUAAUUAAUUUUGGUACGCGCACGGGCCAUGUGUCGUACGUUAUACACAUCAAAAUCGGAUAAAUCUUCUUUAGCAAUUACAUUUAUCGACUCUUAGUAGUUAGCCUAACCCAUUGAUCAAAAAUUCUGGAAUAUGAUACACGUGAAUUGUGUUAAUACACAUAAUAUCAUAUCAGUGAUGCCUUUGUACCUC